AUGCUUACCAGCGUUCUAUCCUUCACGCCCGAGCAGGCUGCUCAGGUCACUGAGUACUGCACCAAUGUCUCCAACGAUGUAUCCGACAACAUGAACGAACUCUGGAAAUGGACCUCCGAGGAAUUCGAGGACGCCGACAAGAUGUCCUCGCCUCUGCAGGGCGCCACGAUGAAGUUCCUCGCGGAGCACCAGCAAGCCAAGCGCGUCCUCGAAAUCGGCUGCUACACCGGCUACAGCGCCCUUGCGUGGUACGAGAGCACUGUUUCAACACAGGCCGAGAUCAUCACUCUGGAACUAGACCCGAAGAUGAUCGCCGCGUCGCGCCGCACCUUUGACAAGUACGGCCUCAACGACCGCGUCACCCUGAUCGAGGGCCCUGCGCAGGACUCCCUGCAGAAGCUCACCGGCACCUUCGACAUUAUCUUCGUGGACGCCAACAAGGAAGGCUACGAGGGGUAUGUCAAGACUGUGCUGGACAAGAAACUCCUGAGCCCGAAGGGUUUCAUCAUAUGUGCUGACCCGCCGACCAACUAUUUAGUCUUCGCCCGCGGUAUGACCAUCUCUGCUGAUGCCAACCCCUACCUGGCUGAGAAGUCCCGUGCCUACUGGACGGCGAACGGCAUUGCCCUGCGGAAGUUCAACACGUUCUGCAAGAGAGACGAUCGCAUCGAUAGUGUUUUGCUGCCCGUGUACGACGGAGUCACUCUGAUCAAGUGGAAGCCUAGCAUUAUUGAGGCGAACGGGUUCCACUAG